AUGGCCCUGGUCCUGUGGGUCUUGACCCUGCUGGGCCCAAUCUGCUUGGUGUCAGCCAACAUCUUUGAGUACCAGGUAGAUGCCCAGCCGCUGCGUCCCUGCGAACUGCAGAGAGAGAAGGCCUCUGUGCAGCAGGCCGACUAUGUGCCACAGUGCUCUGAAGAUGGAAGCUUCCAGACUGUCCAGUGCCAAAAUGAUGGUCGCUCUUGCUGGUGUGUGGACGCCAAUGGCAGUGAAGUACCCGGCAGCAGGCAGCAGGGGAGGCCAGUGGCUUGUCUGUCUUUCUGCCAGCUGCACAGGCAGCAGACCCUGCUGAGUGGCUACCUCAACAGCACGGCCACCUCCUUCCUGCCUCAGUGUCGAGAUUCGGGGGACUACGCAGCUGUGCAGUGUGACCUGUGGGGAGGGCAGUGCUGGUGUGUGGACACAGAGGGCAUGGAGGUGUACGGGACCCGCCAGCUGGGGAGGCCAACAAGGUGUCCAAGGAGCUGUGAGAUAAGAAACCGGCGUCUUCUCCAUGGAGUGGGGGACAAGUCGCCACCCCAGUGUUCUGCAGAUGGACAGUUUAUGCCCGUCCAGUGCAAGUUUGUCAACACCACGGACAUGAUGGUUUUCGAUCUGGUCCAUAGCUACAACAGGUUUCCAGAUGCAUUUGUGACCUUCAGCUCCUUCCGGAGCAGGUUUCCUGAGGUGUCUGGGUACUGUUACUGUGCUGACAGCCAAGGGCGGGAGCUGGCUGAGACAGGUUUGGAGAUGCUGCUGGGUGAAAUUUACGACACCAUUUUUUCCGGCCUGGAUCUGGCCUCCACCUUCGCUGAAAGCACUAUGUACCGGAUCUUGCAGAGACGUUUCCUGGCCGUGCAGUUAGUCAUCUCUGGCAGAUUCCGAUGCCCCACGAAGUGUGAAGUGGAGCAGUUUGCGGCCACUAACUUUGGUCACCCCUACGUCCCGAGCUGCCACAGAAAUGGGGACUACCAGGCAGUGCAGUGCCAGACAGACGGACCGUGCUGGUGUGUGGACGUCACGGGAAAGGAGAUCCCUGGCACCCGGCAGCAAGGGCGGCCACCAUCUUGCGCUGAAGGCCAGUCAUGUAGCUCAGAAAGGCGGCAGGCUUUGUCCAGGCUCUCCUUUGGGACCUCAGGGUACUUCGCCCAACAGGACCUGUUCUCUUCUCCUAAGGAAAAGCCAGGCUCUGUGAGUGGAGCCAGAUGGGCCACUUCCUGCCCACCCACCAUCAAGGAGCUGUUCGUGGACUCUGGGCUUCUGCGCUCAAUGGCGGUGGAGCAGUCCCAACAGCUUUCUGCACCAGGAAGUCUCCUCCCAGAAGCCAUCAGAGCGAUUUUCCCCUCCCGAGAGCUGGCUCGCCUUGCCCUUCAGUUUACCACCAAUCCCAAGCGCCUCCAGCAAAACCUCUUUGGAGGGACAUUUUUGGUGAAUGUUGGCCAGUUUAACUUGUCGGGAGCACUUGGUACAAGAGGCACAUUUAACCUCAGUCAAUUUUUCCAGCAACUUGGUCUCCCAGGCUUCCAGAAUGGAGAGGAACCAGUAGACCUACCGGGGCUACGCUCUGUGGGGUUGGAUUCAAAUACUACCUCGGAAACACUCGUUGCCUCCAAAAAGGAGGUUGCCAUGAAUAAGACAGUUGUGGGCCGUUUUGGCUUUGAGGUCAACGUACAAGAGAACCAAAGUGCUUUAAAAUCCCUUGCUUCUCUCCUGGAUCUUCCAGAAUUUCUGGUCUUUUUGCAGUAUGCUAUUUCUGUGCCCGAGGAUGUAGCAAGAGACUUGGGUGACGUGAUGGAAAUGGUGCUCGGCUCCCAGGCCUGUGGGCAGACACCAGGAAGGCUCUUUGUCCCAUCGUGCACCGCUGGAGGGAGCUAUGAAGAUGUCCAGUGCUAUGCUGGCGAGUGCUGGUGUGUGGAUUCCCAGGGCAGAGAGCUCCCGGGGACAAGAGUCAGAGGUGGACGCCCGAGGUGCCCCUCAGAGUGCGAGAAGCAAAGGGCUCGUACGCAACGCCUCGCAAGCAGCCAGCCGGCUGGGUCCAGCUUCUUGGUCCCUUCUUGUACUGGCGAGGGGCGUUUCCUGCCCGUGCACUGCUUCAACUUCGAGUGCUACUGUGUUGAUGCCAAGGGUCGGGCUAUUCCAGGAACCAGGAGUGCCGUUAAUGAACCCAAGCAGUGUCCCAGGCCCUGUCAGUUAGAGGCGGAGCAAGCUUUCCUUGGGACCGUGCAGGCCUUGCUGUCUAAUGCCAGCACACCUCCUGCCUUCUCCAGUAUCUACAUCCCGCAGUGCAGUGCCAGCGGGCAGUGGAGGCGAGUGCAAUGUGAUGGGCCUCCUGAGCAGGUCUUCCAGUGGUAUGAACGAUGGGGCGCUCAGAACAGCAGUGGCCAGGAGCUGACCCCUGCAGAACUGCUGAUGAAAAUCAUAAGCUAUAGAGAAGCAGCUUCCGGAAACUUCCAUCUCUUUCUUCAAAAUCUCUAUGAGGCAGGGCAGCAAGGCAUCUUCCCAGUGCUGGCCCAAUACCCUUCCCUCCAAGAUGUCCCACAGGCAGUGUUGGAGGGGACCCUGACCCAGUCAGGACAAAACAUCCUCUUGGAACCCUACCUGUUCUGGCAGAUCCUCAACAGCCAGCUCAGCCGGUACCCAGGACCUUACUCGGACUUUAGCAUACCUUUUGAACACUUUGACCUCCGGAGCUGCUGGUGUGUAGAUGAGACUGGCCAGGAACUGGAUGGAACUCGGGCUGAGCCAGGCAAGAUCCCAACAUGUCCUGGCUCCUGUGAGGAAGUGAAGCUUCGUGCCCUGAGGUUCAUUAAGGAAGCAGAAGAGGUUGUCUCCGCUUCCAACGGAUCUUGGUUCCCUCUGGGAGAGAGUUUCCUAGCGGCCAAGGGAAUCCAGCUGACCAGCGAGGAGCUCGGCCUUCCUCCACUCUACCCAUCCAGGGAGGCCUUCUUGGAGAAGUUUCUGCGUGGUGGUGAUUACGCCAUUCGGUUGGCAGCUCAGUCCACCUUGACCUUCUAUAGGAGCUCCCAUUCCUCCGUGGGCGCAUCAGAUGGAGCAGCCAGCCCUCUGCCGCCGGGCCCCUAUGUGCCACAGUGUGAUGCCCUUGGGAACUGGGAGCCUGUGCAGUGCCACGCUGGGACUGGGUACUGCUGGUGUGUGGAUGAGAGGGGAGAGUUCAUCCCUGCCUCACUGUCUGCCCGCUCCUCACAGAUGCCAGAGUGCCCCACGAGCUGCCAGCGGUCCCGAGCCAAUGGGUUGCUUUCUGGUUGGAAACAGGCUGCGUCCCAAGGAAAUCCAGGAGUAGGAGGCCUGUUCACCCCUGUCUGCCUGGAGACAGGAGAAUAUGCCAGGCUGCAAGUAUCAGAGAUGGGUGGCUGGUGUGUGGAUCCCGCCUCAGGAGAAGGGAUGUCACCAGACACAAGCAGUGAUGUCCAGUGUCCAGGCCUCUGUGAUGCUGUCAGGAGCGGAGCCCUGUCCAGGACAGCAGGCCCCGGCUACAUCCCCACUUGUGAGUCACAAGAUGGGAGCUUCUCGCCAGUUCAGUGUGACCUGGUCAAGGGCAGCUGCUGGUGUGUCCUGAGCAGUGGAGAGGAGGUGCCCGGGACUCGUGUGGUGGGCAGCCAGCCCAUCUGUGAGAGCCCACGGUGUCCGCUGCCUUUCGAGUCAGACGUGGCUGGUGGAAUAGUCCUCUGUGAGAGAGUCUCGGGCCAAGGAGGUGCCACCGCUCAACAGUGCCAGCUGCUCUGCCGCCAGGGUUAUCGGAGUGCCUUUCCACUGGAGCCUGUGAUGUGCAGUCUGGAGAGCGGACAGUGGCUGUCGCCACCACCGCCCCAGGCCUGCCAGCGGCCACAGCUGUGGCAGACUCUCCAGACACAAGCGCACUUCCAGCUCCUGCUGCCCCCCGGCAAGAUGUGCAGUGCUGACUACUCAGGCUUGCUGCAGGCUUUCCAGGUCCUCAUCCUGGAUGAGCUGAUGGCCCGCGGCUUUUGCCAGAUCCAGGUGAAGACGUUCGGGACUCUGGCUUCAAGUCCUAUCUGUGACAGCUCCUCAGUGCGGGUGGGGUGUCUGACUAUGGAGCGUUUAGGAGUGAAUGUCACGUGGAAAUUGCGGCUUGAGGACAUCCCAAUGGCUUCGCUUCCAGAUGUGCAAGACCUUGAAAAGGCUUUAGUGAGCCAGGACUUCCUCGGACGCUUUGCAGAUUUGAUCCAAAGUGGCACAUUUCAGCUUCAUCUGGAUUCCAAGACGUUCCCAGCAGACACCGUUCUCCGCUUCCUCCAUGGUGACAGCUUUGGCACCUCUCCCUGGACGUGGUUUGGGUGCUUGGAAGGAUUCUACCGACUCCCACCCACCAGUGGGGCCAGUCAGGACCUUCUAGGGUGCGUCAAGUGUCCUGAAGGAAGCUACUCACGGGAGGAGCAAUGCCUUCCCUGUCCAGCUGGCUUCUAUCAAGAACAGGCAGGCAGCUCGGCCUGUGUCCCAUGCCCCGUGGGCAGAACAACGGUUGCCAUUGGAGCUUUCAGCCGGACUCACUGUGUCACUGAUUGUCAGAGGAAUGAAGCUGGCCUGCUGUGUGACCAGGAUGGCCAGUACCGAGCCAGCCAGAGGGACAGUGGAAGUGGGGAGGCCUUUUGUGUGGACAGUGAGGGGCAGAGGCUGCCGUGGUCACAGACAGAGGACGCCCUGUCGGACGCUCAGUGUCUGAUGAUGCGGAAAUUUGAGAAGGUUCCAGAAUGGAAGGUUCUCGUUAGCACUGAUGCUCCUGUAGUGAAGAGGUCCACAGCCCCUGGUUCAAAGUCUCCCCUGGCACAGUGCUUGUCAGACUGCGCAGAGGAUGAGGCCUGCAGCUUUCUCGUGGUGUCCAUGGUGGGGUCCGAGGUCUCGUGUGACUUUUAUGGUUGGACAAGUGACAACUUUGCCUGCAUGACUUCUGCUCAGGACCAAGAUCCUCUGGGGAGCUCAGAGACCACCAGCUUCAGAAAUCUUGGGUGCCAGGUGAAAGUGGGGAGCAGUGACCGAGGUUCUUUGGCUGUGUAUGUUAAGAAGGGCCAAGAAUUCACUGCAGUGGGUCAGAAGCGCUUUGAACCAACGGGUUUCCACAAUGCACUGUCAGGGCUAUACGGCCCUGUAGUAUUCUCAGCCCAGAGAGCCAAUCUAACGGACGUGCACCGCUUCUGUCUGCUUGCCUGUGACCGCGACCCCUGCUGCGAUGGCUUCCUCCUCACGCAAGUCAAAGCAGGGCCCACCAUCUGCGCACUGCUCAGCUCCCCUGACGUCCUGCUUUGUCAUGUCGAUGACUGGAGAGAUGUCUCUGAGGCCCAGGCCAAUGCUACAUGUGCUGGGCUGACGUAUGAGCAGGAGAGCCGCCAGGUGGCCUUGCGUCUGGGAGGUCUAGAGCUCCUGAAGGGUUGGAUGCCUCUGGAGGAAACAGGAGACAUCACUACCAGCUUCCAGCAAGUUUACCUCUGGAAAGAUUCCGACAUGGGGUCUCGGUCCGAGUCUACAGGAUGUGGAAGACACACAGUGCCAAGGGCAGACUCUCCAGCAGAAGCAGAUACGGUGACAGAACUCUUCUCCCCCGUGGACCUUACCCGGGUCAUCGUCGAUGUUAACCAUUCCCUGCCCAGGCAGCAACACUGGCUCUUCAGACACCUGUUUUCAGCCCAGCAGGCAAAGCUGUGGUGCCUUUCCCGGUGUGUCCAGGAACCGGAUUUCUGUCAGCUUGCAGAUGUAACAGAGAUGGCUCCCUUGUACUUCACCUGCUCCCUCUACCCAGAGGCCCAAGUGUGUGAUGACGUCUUGGAGUCUAACGCCAAGGGUUGCAGCCUGAUCCUGCCCUACCAGCCAGAGGCUCUCUUCCAGAAGAACAUCGUGUUGGAAGAUCGAGUGAAGAACUUUUAUACGCGCUUGCCAUUCCAAAAGCUGACAGGGAUUUCCAUCAGAAACAAAGUGCCCAUGUCUGGAAAACCCAUUUCCAGUGGGUUCUUCGCGUGUGAGCGACGGUGUGACAAGGACCCGUGCUGCAUCGGCUUUGGCUUUCUAAAUGUCUCCCAAUCGCAAGGAGGAGAGGUGACAUGCCUGACCCUGAGCAGCAUGGGCGUUCAGACGUGCAGUGAGGAAAGUGGAGCAGCCUGGCGUGUUUUUGACUGUGGCUCUGUGGACAUGGAAGUCCGCACCUAUCCCUUCGGAUGGUACCAGAAGCCUGACGCAAAGGGUGACACUCCCAGCUUCUGCCCUUCGACUGCUGUGCCUCUCCUCACAGAGAAGGUCUCUCUGGACUCGUGGCAGACGCUGGCCCGCUCCUCAGCAGCUGUGGAUCCUUCCAUCAGGAGCUUUGAUGUUGCCCACGUCAGCUCGGCAGCCACCAGCAGCUUCUCUGUAGCCCGGGACUUCUGUUUGUCAGAAUGCUCCCGUCGCCAGGCGUGCCUUGUGACGACCCUUCAGACCCGGCCGGGGGUUGUGCGGUGUGUGCUCUACCCAGACACCCAGAGCUGCACACACAGCCUGCAGGGCCCCACCUGCCAGCUCCUGCUCCGUGAAGAGGCUGCCCACAUCUACCGCAAGCCUGGCAUCCCUUUGCUCCGCUUCGAGGCAGCAUCUGGGCCUUUUGUGUCCAUUGCCACCCACGGUCAGCUGCUGGGCAGGUCCCAGGCCAUCCAGGUGGGCACUUCAUGGAAGCAGGUGCACCAGUUCCUUGGAGUCCCAUAUGCUGCUCCACCCCUGGCAGAGAGCCGCUUCCGGGCACCAGAGCCCUUGAACUGGACAGGAUCUUGGGAUGCCACUAAGGCAAGGGCCAGCUGUUGGCAGCCGGGCACCCGCACACCCACACCUCCCGGAGUCAGCGAAGACUGCUUGUAUGUCAACGUGUUUGUCCCCGAGAGCAUGGCUCCCAAUGCAUCAGUCCUGGUGUUCUUCCACAACACCAUGGAGAUGGAAGACGGUGGAGCACAGUUGACCAUUGACGGCUCCUUUCUGGCUGCGGUUGGCAACCUCAUUGUGGUCACUGCCAACUACCGAGUGGGGGUCUUUGGCUUCCUGAGUUCUGGGUCCAGAGAGGCGACUGGUAACUGGGGGCUGCUGGACCAGGUGGCAGCUCUGACCUGGGUGCAGACCUAUAUCGGAGCAUUUGGUGGGGACCCUCGGCGUGUGACCCUGGCAGCAGAUCGUGGUGGGGCCGAUGUGGCCAGCAUCCACCUUUUCACAACCAAGGCAGGCAGUCCCCGGCUCUUCAGGAGAGCUCUUCUCAUGGGAGGCUCGGCACUGUCCCCAGCUGCAGUCAUCAGCCCCAGCAGGGCUCGGCAACAGGCAGAGGCCUUGGCAAAAGAGAUCGGAUGCCCCACCUCACCCAGCCAAGCAGUGGUGUCUUGCCUCCGUCAGAAGCCCGCCAACAUCCUCAAUGAUGCUCAGACCAAGCUGCUGGCCGUGAGUGGUCCUUUCCACUACUGGGGUCCUGUGGUCGAUGGCCAGUACCUGCGGGAAACCCCGGCCAGCGCGCUGCAGAGGCCUCUGCCAGCAAAGGUCGAUCUGCUUGUUGGGAGUUCUCAGAAUGACGGGGUCAUCAACAGAGCCAAGGCCGUGAAGCAAUUUGAGGAAAGUCAAGGCCGAACCAACAGCAAAACAGCCUUUUACCAGGCACUACAGAACUCGCUGGGUGGUGAGGACUCAGAUGCCCGUGUCCUGACUGCUGCCACAUGGUAUUACUCUCUGGAACAUUCCACAGACGACUAUGCCUCCUUUUCUCGAGCUCUGGAGAAUGCCACACGGGACUACUUCAUCAUCUGUCCCAUGAUUGGCAUGGCCAGCCUCUGGGCAGAGAGGGCCCGAGGAAACACCUUCAUGUACCACACUCCAGAGAGCUACGAUCAUAGCAGCCUGGAGCUGCUGGCCGACGGUCAGUAUGCUUUUGGACUGCCCUUCUACCCCGCCUAUGAGGGCCAGUUCUCUCCAGAAGAGAAGAGCCUGUCCCUGAAGAUCAUGCAGUACUUCUCCAACUUCGUCAGAUCCGGAAAUCCCAACUACCCACAUGAGUUCUCGCGGAAAGCACCUGACUUUGCAGUGCCCUGGCCUGACUUUGUCCCUGGAGCCGGUGGACAGAGCUAUAAGGAGUUCAGUGUGCAGCUUCCCAAUCGGCAGGGCCUGAAGCAAGCUGACUGCUCCUUCUGGUCCAAGUACAUCCAGGCUCUGAAGGCUGCAGAUGGAGCCAAGGACAAGCAGUUGUCAGCCAGUGAAGAACAGGACUUGGCAGUGGGGCCUGUGCUGCAAGAAGACCUCCCGAGUCCCCCAGAACAGGGCCCCAAGAGCUAUGACAAAUAACGAAGUCCUGGAACCCCCUCCUCCAACCCCGCCCUUGACUGCCCCCGACGGUGACGCCAUACUGCAGUAUGUUGUUCUCAAUAAACUGUCCCCUGCAGUGAA